UCCAUGUCAUGUCAGAACACUGGGGUGACCAUGAUUUUCCAUGAUUCGGCCCUCCGUUAUGGAAUAAAACUACUGCAGAACUGCACAUGACAUCAGCUUUAAAAGUCAACUAAAAAAGUUAUAGAAUUGGCUUAAGUCUCAGUUUUGGUGACAUUUUAUCAUAUUUCAUUCUUUUAAUUGCGUUCUUAUAUUUUAUGUAAUUUUUUUUAUUUUAUAAUUUUAUAAUUUCUUAAUUUUUGUUGUUAAUCUGCUCAGUUUUAAAUUCUCGUUUUGUCUUUGUUUUUAUUCCAAAGCACUUUAGUACCCUCAUGCUGUUGUAAAGUGCUUUAUAAAUAAAGUUUUAUUCAUUCGUCACGUUUUAUCAAUAAGUUAGCUAGAUUGAAAAGACAAAACUUUUUGAAGUAAAUAUGAAUUUUGAAGUUUUUAUGGAAAAUGAAAAUGAUAUUAACAAUUGUUAGGUGGUGUGUUUGUGGUGUGUUUUUCUGAGGCCAAAAAAACAAAACAAAAAAGAGACAGAAAAACAAAGGAGGAAAGCAGAAGAGAAAAGGCAGCAUUGACCAAAGAGUUUGAGGGUCAGGCUGUGUUUGUUGUGCGUACCAGUCGGUGCAGUGACGGUAAUGUAAAUAUGUGUGUCUGGCGUUGUGUCUGCAUUUGUGUUGAUGUUUCGGAGAGAUUUUGUGAGUUCUUGCAGAAGAAUCCCUGAAAGGAUAAGGUGAUGUUUUAAUUUGCUUUAAAUGAAGCUUUAAUAAACAAACUGAUGUGAGAUUAAAUCAAAACAGAGGCAGAGGUAUUGUGAGGUGUGUGUUUGUGAGUGUGUGUUUCAGUGUGUGUGAGUGGGGGCGGUCCUCCACUCCUUAAAGCCGGCUUGAAAUCAGAGAGUUCAGCAGAACAGAGUGAGAGGCACAGAGGGGAGAAGACACACUCACACACAAGCAAAGGUACCUCCUGAUAAAUCUGACAAGCCAAAACUUCACGGACACUUCCCUGAGGACUUAAUUUCCCAUCAUGCACCAGGGGAAUUUCUCACAUCUUCAGGGAACUUUGACCCCGUGGACUAAUCUGAUUGGAGUUUCUCACAGGCUGAUGAUGGGACUGAGGACAGCUCCGCUCUGCGCCCGGCUGCUUCUGGUGGCUCUCCUGGUUCCUGGAACCUGGAGCGUCCUCGAUGACGAACAGGAGGAGCUGCUGGUGGAACUUCAUAACCACUACAGAGGACAAGUUUCUCCCAGUGCUGCAGCCAUGCUGCCUCUGAAAUGGGAUGGAAAUCUGAAGGUGAUAGCAGAGAGCUACGCUUCUAAGUGCAGCUGGCAACACAACCCUGAUUUGGAAGACACCGGGGAGAACCUGUUCGCUGGCACAGGCCAUCUUGAUCUCAGAGAGGCUGUGGAGAAAUGGUUUCUAGAACGCUUAUAUUAUACCUAUGGGAACAACAGCUGUGAUGAUGACAUGAUGUGUGGACACUACACACAGAUGGUGUGGGCCGACACACACAGAAUCGGCUGUGCCGUCCACCUCUGUAACACCGUAGAACAACUGGAGUGGACCGACGUCCAUCUCCUCGUCUGCAACUACUUCCCAGCAGGGAACUAUGAAGAUCAACGGCCGUAUGUGGAAGGAGAGUGGUGCUCCAGCUGCCCAGAAAACCUUGGAGAGUGUGAGAACCGCCUCUGUGCACCUGAGAAGUCGACGGAAAGCCCUUUUAAAGACGAGCCGACAACCGUUUCGUUCACGAGGCCGGACAUUUUGACAGCAUCAAAUGACGUCGCUGAAGUCCAGGAGAGCGUUGCUGUUACUCCCACCAUCAGCGAAAAAGAGUCAGAAGACACGCCGUCUCCUUGGAGCGCUCUGGAGACCGUCUCCUCACCCGGACUGCAACCAGCCACGCUGGGAACGGUGGAGGACCCGACCGAUGGGGAUGAGGAGGAAGAGCAGAGGAAGGAAAGUGUACAGCGACUGGAGGAAACAAAGAGGAUGUCUGAACCACCAAGAACCUCUGCAGCCUCCGUUUUGGUAGCUUCAUUCCUGUUAGCUUGCCUGACUGGACUCUUGACUCUGGAUCUGUGAGGAUGCUGACACGGAGAAGCAUCAGCUUUUCCUUUUCCAUGCAGUGACUGCACAACUCUUUGUUAACCCACCAUGACCAUGUUGAACAAAUUAGGUCAAUUAAUUCCCACUCACAAGAAAACAGCAGCUGUUAUCCUAACAUCUGCAUGAAGCUGCUUUAAAAUUGGAGCCUAACGCGCUUCUUUCCAGAGCUGCUCUGUGACACACCGCGGAUUUCACAGGAAACUUCACUGCAGACUUAUAGGUUUUCUAAGAAUAAUUAACAGGGACUCUUGGAUCAUCAUACAUUUUAAUUAGGAACUUAUUCAAUUUGUAAAUAAAAAAGUAAGAGCUGAAACAUCUAGUUACGCAGAAUUUUGUCUAAUGAAUUCUUCUUGUUCAUGUCUAGUUUGUUUAGUGUUUACCUGUCAUCUCAUUUACAGCUGUAUUGAAAACACGCAAUACAGACACCGCUGAUGGAUUUGAAAAUGUGUUCUCUGUCUAUAAAAGUGAAUGAAAGACCAAAUAAAACUGUUUGCGUCAGUUA